CCCGCAGGGAACGUGGUGAACGGCACCAUCGCCCGGCAGAUGGUGGACAUGCUGGUGGAGUCCUCCAGCAACGUCACCAUGAUCCUCAAGUUCUUCGACAUGUUCCUGAAGCUGCGCGACAUCGUCUCGUCCGACGCCUUCCGCCACUUCGUCACCGACCCGCGCGGGCUCAUCUCCAAGAAGGACUUCCAGAAGGCCAUGGACAGCCAGAAGCAGUACGAGCCCGACGAGAUCCAGUUCCUGCUCUCCUGCUCCGAGGCCGACGAGAACGAGAUGAUCGACGUGGAGAGCUUCGCCCAGCGCUUCCAGGAGCCGGCGCGCGACAUCGGCUUCAACGUGGCCGUGCUGCUGACCAACCUGUCGGAGCACGUGCCGCACGACCAGCGCCUCAAGACCUUCCUGGAGCAGGCCGAGAGCAUCCUGGACUAUUUCCGGCCGUUCCUGGGCCGAAUCGAGAUCAUGGGGGCGGCGCGGCGCAUCGAGCGCAUCUACUUCGAGAUCAGCGGCGCCAACAAGGCGCAGUGGGAGAUGCCGCAGGUCAAGGAGUCCAAGCGCCAGUUCAUCUUCGACGUGGUCAACGAGGGCGGCGAGGCCGAGAAGAUGGAGCUCUUCGUCAACUUCUGCGAGGACACCAUCUUCGAGAUGCAGAUCGCCUCGCGCAUCUCCGAGGAGGAGGCGCCGCGCGACGAGGAGGAGGAGGAGGACGAGGACAGGGAGGAAGAGGAGCCGGCCGAGGCGCCGGCGCCGACGCUGCCGGGUUUCGGGGCGCUGCGGCGGCUGCUGGGGUCGCCCCAGACGUGGCGCCGCAGGAUCAGGAGGCUGCGCAAGAAGUCGGGGCGCGAGCUGGCGUGGGAGGCGGCCUGGGGGGGCCCGGGGGGGGUUUUGUGGGGGGGUUAG